AUGCCCGCAGACAACAAGGAGGAGGAGCUGGUGCACCCGCCCAAGGUCCAGGUGUCCAGCUCUCCAGUGUAUGCCACAGGCAGGCGGCUGGGCAAGGGCGGCUUCGGCCAAGUGUUCCUGGGCACCCGCUCACAAAAGUCGAGGUCGGCCAAGGACCAGAAGCCCGUUGAGGUGGCCCUCAAGUUUGAGCACAACACCAGCAAGGGCUGCACUCCCAAUGGGCCUCCCUACGAGUGGACGGUGUACAACGCCAUUGGCGAGGUGUACGGCGUGCCCAAGGUGCACUACAAGGGGCAGCAGGGCGAGUUUUACGUGAUGAUCAUGGACCUGCUGGGCAGCUCCCUCUGGGACAUCUGGAACCAGGAGGGGCAGCAGCUGACGGCGCAGUACGUGGCAUGCGUGGCCGUCGAGGCGCUGGCCAUCCUCGAGGCGCUGCACCAGAAGGGGUACGUGCACGGCGACGUCAAGCCCGAGAACUUUUUGCUGGGCCAGCCCGGCACGCCCCGCUCCAACAAGCUCUACCUCGUCGAUUUUGGGCUGGCGCAGAAGUGGCGCGACUCGCGCGCCGCGCACGUCAAGUACGAUCAGCGUCCCGACGACUUCCGCGGUACCAUCCGCUACGCCUCGGUGCACGCCCACCUGGGGCGCACGCCCUCACGCCGCGACGACCUCGAAUCCCUCGCCUACACGCUGCUCUUCCUGCUCAACGGCCGGCUGCCGUGGCAGGGGUUCCAGGGAGACAACAAGGGAUACUUGGUGGCCAAGAAGAAGAUGGCCACGAGCGGGGAGACGCUGUGCAGGUCCAUCGCGGGCAGCACCAACAUGAGCAGCCUGGUGGUGAUGAGCAAGGGCACCAAGUUCACGCAGCAGAGCUACAAGGUGUCGGACUCCUUCCCCUUUGAGUGGAUCAAGAAGAAGUGGCGGGAGGCCUUCCACGUCACCGCCAUGGCCACCAGCGGCACGCAGUGGGCUGUGGUGAUGAGCCGCGGCGCGGGUUACCUGGACCAGGUUGUGGAGCUGGACUUCCAGUACCCCUCAGAGGGCAUCCACAAGCGCUGGGACGGCGGCUACCGCAUCACCGCGCUCGCCUCCACGCCGGACCAGUCUGCGUUUUUGCUGUCCAUCCCGCGGCGCGCGAUGUCUGAUGAGACGCAGGAAACGCUGCGCACCUCCACCUUCCCCUCAGAGCAUGUGAAGGAGAAGUGGGCAAAGGACCUCUAUAUCGCAGGCAUCGCCUACGGCAGGACCGUCACGUGA